ACUCAAUAUAAGAGACCCAAGCCGCAAAACCCUAAUCGAUACACUCACUCUUCGCGCCGCCGCUCGGAGCAAGCGCCGCAGGGGACGCCGCCAUGUCGAAGCGCGGGAGGGGAGGAUCGGCGGGGAACAAGUUCCGGAUGUCGCUGGGUCUGCCGGUGGCAGCGACGGUGAACUGCGCCGACAACACGGGCGCCAAGAACCUGUACAUCAUCUCCGUGAAGGGCAUCAAGGGAAGGCUAAACCGCCUGCCGUCGGCCUGCGUCGGCGACAUGGUCAUGGCCACCGUCAAGAAGGGGAAGCCCGACCUCAGGAAGAAGGUCAUGCCGGCUGUCAUCGUGCGCCAGCGCAAGCCAUGGCGCCGAAAGGACGGUGUCUUCAUGUACUUCGAAGAUAAUGCUGGGGUGAUUGUGAACCCUAAGGGUGAGAUGAAAGGAUCUGCUAUCACAGGACCCAUUGGUAAGGAGUGUGCUGACCUCUGGCCUAGGAUCGCUAGCGCCGCAAAUGCCAUUGUCUGAGGAGCUUGUUUGGGAUAAUGAUAUGUUUCCUUAGUUUCAGUUUUGUACCUGAAUUAUUUGAUUGCCAGAUAUUUAUCCGAAUGAGGCUCAACCUCCUAAACAUUUCCAUUCUCUGGGUUAAAAGAUCUCCUUAUCACUUA